AUGGAAAACAGCAGUGACAUCACUAUGUUUAUCCUCUUGGGACUUUCCAGUAAUAAUAACAUUGAAGUCUUUUGCUUUGUACUAUUUUUAUUUUGCUACAUUGCCAUUUGGAUGGGAAAUGUGCUCAUCAUGAUCUCUAUUACAUGCUCUCAGCUCAUCCACCAACCCAUGUAUUUCUUUCUCAACUACCUCUCAAUUUCUGACCUCUGCUACACAUCCACAGUGACUCCUAAAUUAAUGGCAGACCUCCUGACAGAAAGGAAGAUCAUUUCCUACAAUAAUUGCAUGGCACAGCUCUUCACAACUCAUUUAUUUGGAGGCAUUGAGAUCUUUAUUCUCGCUGCGAUGGCCUAUGACCGCUACGUGGCCAUCUGCAAGCCCCUGCACUACACCGCCAUCAUGAGCAGGCGUAGGUGUAACAAAAUCAUCAUAGCUUGUUGUACCGGAGGAUUUGUACACUCAACCAGUCAGUUUCUUGUCACCAUAUCUUUACCAUUUUGUGGCCCCAAUGAGAUUGAUCACUAUUUCUGUGACGUGUAUCCUUUGCUGAAAUUGGCCUGUUGUGACACACAUAUAGUAGGACUGUUAGUCAUUGCAAAUUCCGGCUUCAUUGCUUUGGUGACUUUUGUUGUCCUGAUGUUGUCUUACUUUUUUAUAUUAUACACCAUAAGGGCAUAUCCCAUGGAGAGCCGCAGCAAAGCUCUUUCUACCUGCAGCUCACACAUAACAGUUGUGAUCCUGUUUUUUGUACCUGCAUUAUUCAUCUACAUUAGACCAGCCACAACAUUUCCAGAAGACAAGGCGUUUUCUCUCUUCUACACCAUUAUUGCUCCUAUGUUCAACCCUCUGGUAUACACACUGAGGAAUGUGGAGAUGAAGAAUGCCCUCAGGAAAGUUUGGUGUCAUCAAAUAUUUCUUAAACAAAAGUAA